GGAAGCCCUGGCGGUGAGAGUCGGCCCAAAAAGCGGCGGCCGUUGGAGAUGUGGCCUCAUGGAUGAGCUGGUACACGACUUAGCCUCAGCCUUGGAGCAGACAUCUGAGCAGAAUAAGCUUGGUGAGCUGUGGGAGGAGAUGGCCCUGAGCCCCCGGCAGCAGAGGAGGCAGCUUCGGAAACGCCGAGGUCGGAAGCGUCGUUCUGACUUCACUCACCUGGCAGAGCAUACCUGCUGCUACAGCGAGGCCUCUGAGUCAAGUCUGGAUGAGGCCACUAAGGACUGUCGAGAAGUGGCUCCCGUGACCAAUUUUAGUGACUCUGAUGACACAAUGGUGGCCAAACGACACCCAGCUCUCAAUGCCAUUGUUAAGAGUAAGCAGCAUUCUUGGCAUGAAUCUGACUCCUUUACUGAAAAUGCACCUUGUCGACCACUCAGGCGCAGGCGGAAGGUGAAGCGAGUGACAUCAGAGGUGGCUGCUAGCCUUCAGCAGAAACUGAAGGUGUCAGAUUGGAGCUAUGAGAGAGGCUGCAGGUUCAAAUCUGCUAAGAAGCAGCGUCUGUCCCGCUGGAAGGAGAAUACUCCCUGGACCUCAUCAGGCCACGGAUUGUGUGAAUCAGCAGAAAACAGGACUUUCCUAAGCAAAGCAGGAAGGAAAGAAAGGAUGGAGUGUGAAACAGAUGAACAAAAACAGGGCUCUGAUGAGAACAUGUCAGAAUGUGAAACCAGCAGUGUGUGUAGCAGCAGUGACACUGGGCUCUUUACCAAUGAUGAAGGGCGACAAGGUGACGAUGAGCAGAGUGAUUGGUUCUAUGAAGGAGAAUGUGUCCCAGGAUUCACUGUUGCUAAUCUUCUGCCCAAGUGGGCUCCUGAUCAUUGUUCUGAAGUAGAAAGAAUGGAUUCUGGAUUGGAUAAAUUUUCAGAUUCCACAUUCCUUUUACCUUCUCGGCCAGCUCAAAGAGGGUAUCAUGCUCGCUUGAAUCGUCUGCCUGGAGCUGCAGCUCGGUGCCUCAGAAAGGGGCGAAGAAGGCUGGUUGGGAAGGAGACCAGCAUAAACACUUUGGGGACUGAGAGGAUAAGCCAUAUCAUUAGUGACCCUCGGCAGAAAGAAAAGAAUAAAGCGUUGGCUUCUGAUUUUCCUCACAUUUCUGCUUGUGCACAUGAGUUCAAUCCCCUGUCUCCCCUUUACUCACUGGACGUUCUUGCCGAUGCUUCUCACCGAAGGUGUUCACCAGCACACUGCUCUGCCAGACAGGCAAAUGUACAUUGGGGACCACCAUGUUCACGUGACAUCAAGAGGAAGCGGAAACCAGUGGCCACAGCAUCUUUGUCUAGCCCCAGUGCAGUUCACAUGGAUGCAGUGGAGCCAACCACACCAGCAUCACAAGCCCCCAAAUCACCCAGCUCUGAGUGGUUGGUCAGGACCUCUGCAGCAGAGAAAGCCACAGAUGCAACUACUGCUACAUUUUUUAAAAUGCCACAAGAAAAGAGCCCUGGAUACAGCUAGAGAGCAAGACUUCACCCUCCAGGAGCUGACUGGGUGUUGCUGAAGCAAAUGUUGGACUUUGUGUUAGAUAGUCUUGCAUAUCUUAAUCGACAUUCUCAGUCCUUUCACCACCAGAACCAACUCCUCUUUCAGACACAGCAGUGGACUCUUUCUCUCAGAAGAUCAUGUUGUGGGAGUCUUUUUUUUUUUUUUAAUAGCAAAAUAUUGAGGCAGCAAUUUUUUACAAAAAGGUCAUCCUCUGCUCUAUUUGUUACCUUGUUACUGCUGUCUCAACAUUUACUACAGCUCCAUUUACAGAGCUGUUGCUUUUUUGCAGUUGUCUUUGUUCUUGAAAAACCAGUAACUGCUUCUGCAUACGUUUUGUGUAGAGCUUUUAAUAUCAUUUGAGGAAGUUCCAAAUUUGUAGCCAGUUCCAAACAAAUUUAAAUAGUGAGUUGAGGCCUGUAUGGAAUUGUUUGCAGGAGAUAAGGCUUGCCUUUGAGCCUACUCUUGAUUCACGCAGAGUGCCAAUAAGAUAAAUCAACGAGGUUCUCAUUUUGGAGCCUCAAAAGAGACACCAGCAACUGGGCCUUGAGAACUUCCAUUUUUUUGCAGAUUGUCUGCAGAAACUCAGACAGCUCAUCAGCAGCAGCAGCUGUAUUGUAUUUUACCUCAUCUUCAGAGUUUAUGUUCUACUGAAAGAGGACGUGUGUAUACAUGCACACGCACACACACAGCUUGGUGUAAUGGUGAAGAUGGUUUAGGUGUACAGCAAAUUUAAAAUAGUCAGUGAAUUGUGUCUUACUACUUCAUGUCCCAGUGUAAGCCUUUAUGUCCUAAGCAGAACUUUAUUGUUAGUAUUAUAGGUUAAUAACCUGCAGCAGAAAUUCAUACUCUAUUAUAAUAAUGGCUUCUUGGGGCCAUGCUUUGGGGAGGUAAAAUGUCUUUUUGACAUGCCUUUAUAUUUGGCGUGUUUAUGAUGGCUCAGCUGCAUGUGGAGUUAUAUAUACAGUCGUGCCUGAAGUUGGAUGCUACUUUGUCAAAAUGAGAAAUAAGUGAUGGCCUGGAGCUGCUGGAGAGAAGCCACGCUUUCUAAAAAGUAUUAUCAAGAGUGUCUGUCAUUCAUUCAGGGGCCUGGCUGACAGAAGGGCUUUUUUUUAAUACCAAUGAGUGCAUUUACUCUGAAAUACACAGAAGCUCUUGGUGAAUUGCUGCCUGCUCUGGUCACAUUGUAGAGGGACUCCCACUCAUGCACCUGCUUAUUUUCUGUCUUAAAUAGGUGCUGGAUGGGGCAGCACCUCCUUCCCCCAAAGUGCGAUUGCCCCUGUUUCCCAUACAAAGUGUAAUGAUGGGUUGCUUUAUCAUACUCCCUUUUACAAUUAUAGUCCUUAUCAAUGGAAACUCCAGAUUUCUUUAUCGAUGAAGUGGGGAGGUGGGUGGGCACGAAUCUAGUUGGAAAAGGGGAUUUGAAGCUAAGUUUACAUGGCACUUUAAGACUGAGAACAUGUCAAUUGUUCAUAAUCAGGAAUAUGGUAGAGGGAGAGCAGGUGGAGACGAUGGGACGGGGAAGUGCUGAAACCGGCCCAGCAUGCCUCUGAGUCGCCCUUGGUUCUCGUGCAGCAGUGUGUGUGCUCACAGGGGUGUUCUACCCUUGGUUCUCGUGUCAUGCAGCAGUGUGGGAGAGUGCUGAAGCCGGCCCAGCAUGCCUCUGAGUUGCCUCUGGUUCUCAUCGUGUGGUCCCUAGGCCAACAACACCAGCACACCUUGCCCACACCAGACCUGCUGAAUCAGAAACUGCCAGCGCAAGGCCCAGCAGUCUUUCAGUAAGCCCUCCAGGGGGCUCUGGUGCAUGCUCAAGUUUGAGAACCAUAGACUUUGACACAGUUAAAAAGAUGUUUUAAUGGACUGGUCUCCUUCUAAGCUCUGAGAUGCUCUCAUAUUCCCUCCAUAAGUAAAGAGAUUUUUUUUUGUAUAAUUCUUUGCAGAAACUGUUAAUGUCUUUAUUUCUCAUAUUUUUUUCCCCCUGCAAGCUCCUGAAAGAUCUUUUUGAAAAAUUGACAAAGGAUGCUAUCAAGGGCUAUGUUUAGAUGGAUGGAAAUAACCUUGAAAAUGGAUAAAGCCUGGGUGUGGUGACUCACGCCCAUAAUCCCAACACUUUGGGAGGCCAGGGCAGGAGGAUUGCUUUAUCGCAGGAUGUGAAGACCAGCCUAUGCAGCAUAGUGAGACCUUGUCUCUACAAACACUUUUAAAAAUUAGCUGGCUGUGUUGGUGCAUGCCUGUGGUCCCAGCUGCUUGGGAGGCAGAGGCAAGAGGAUCGCUCGAGCCCAGGACGUUGAGGGUGCCGUGAGCCAUGAUCUGGCCACUGCACUCCAGCCAGGGUGACAGAGCGAGAUCCUAUAUCAAAAAAUGAAUAAUCAAAUAAAAAUGGAUAAAAAUGUAACAAU